CCGUCGCGUGCGGGUGCCAGUUUUGAAUUUGCUCUCGACCGAGCCAACCUCCGCCAAGCACCAUGUGGCAUCUUCCCAGCCUGACCGAGCCCAUCACGAUGGCGUCGCCCGCGCCGCGUACGCUCCUCGACGCCGACUCGUUCGACGAGGAGUUCAAGACGCUCUUCAAGCAGACGCUCCAUAAACCGACCUCGAGCUACGUCGACGUGUUUGCCUACGACGACGAGAGCACGACCGGUCUCGCGUCGCCUGUCGCCGCCGACGACAUUGACGGCUUCUUCUUCAGCACGUACUCGCAGCCGAUUGAGAUCGACUACCGCCGCCGGCGAACGUGCUCCAUGGAGAGCUACGAAGACCGCGAUCUGCGCAUGCGCCGCCGCGUCGCAUAUGCCGACGACGACGAUGAUGACGCUCUCUUGCCGUCGGCGAUGGCGACGCGUGCGGCCGACGACGACGCCGACGACAUCUUUUUGCUCGAGCUCUAAGUGCGCCUUCCGUAGCUGUAGUAGUUUGUAGUUUAGUAGUCUUUGUCGUCGAGCCACCGAUCGAUAGCGCAUCAUCACGUCCCCUUCGCCGUACCUAAUCCAUCCCUUAUUUAUCCUCCUCUGUUUUCCUCUACCA